UUUCACUAAAGCAAAAAAAAAGGACUUUGACACAAACAGUAUUUACUCUGGCAACAGAAUCAACAUUAGUAGUAUCAAUAUUAGCAACAAGAGGAGAGACUGAAAUAGAAGAUGUGUUGAUAUUAGAUGAUAAUGAAAGACGAACAUCUCCAUCAUCGCAU